AUGCGUAUACCAAUUAUAACUCAAAAUUUCAUAUCACCUCAUCAAAAUGGCACAUCUGAUUUGUAUGGCACACAACCACUCAUGUUACUACCACAAUCUCAGCAAACUAUAUUCGAUGGACAACAACAAAAUAGUUUUAAUAAUUUAUUUUUACACGAUUUAAAUCGUCAUCGCACUACGUAUAUACGUAGUUAUAAUGCUUACGAAACAGUCAAAAAGCGUCAAGAUUUUGUUCUACGUAAAGAAAACUUAAAAUCAUUGUAUCGUAUAGAAGAUCGGCUAGAACGAAAAAAAGAACAACACAUCGGUCAAACAUUACAUGCCUAUGAACAAUGUUUUGUUAAAGUGAUUAAUAAUAAUCCAUACAGCUCAAUAAUUGGACAACGACCUCGAACAGCCGCACCCAUACAGCUUCAAGUACAAUUACCGGUGGCAUUCGAUAAAUUUCAUUCGCAUCAUUUGUCACAUUCGAAUCCGGCUAUAAAGACUGAACAAGAUUCAAAUUCUCAACAACAGCAACGGCCACAGACGUCGGUUUCCCAACAAGCUUUCUAUCGUUAUCAAAAAAAUCACAGACCAAAAUUUAAACAGUCAAACGUCAUCUAUAAAACAGUGCAAUCAUUUCAUGAUGCUUGUUUGCAGCAGCAGCAACAACAAAAACAACCUGUCGUACAACACCAAUCAAAGGACUUUCUAUCGUUUACAGAGAGUUAUUUACAAAAAUUUGAUAAUAAUAGUUUUCCUAAUGCAAAGCAGACAUCAUCGACGAUUAUUUGGCAAAAACCAUGUGGAAAUGAACGACAAAGACCAUUAUCAGCAGUUCCCAGUUUUGAAAGUGUUACAGCUGUCGAUACAAAAAAUAAAAAACACCGGCAACAGGAACAAGAUGUAACUAUUAAAGUAGCAAUACAACAACGAACAAAAACACCACGAUCCUCACCAAUACUUGACGCGGUCGAAAAUGAAAUACAGCUUAACGAUGAUGCUCAUUCUGACGAAGGAAAAAAACUCCGACAAAAACCGUUUGGCUCAAAAAACAAUAAUACACAAUCGCUGAUAACAAAUUUGACAACAGGUAACGACAAAAAAUCAACUGUUAUUACAACGACGGACGACGAUAUUGUAAAAGAAGCAAUGUUUAUCAGAAAUUAUAACGAACCAAAAACUACACCGACAUCGUCUGUUAUCAAUUCUCAAGCGAAAUCUACGAUAACAGUACAUCAAAAAUCUUCGCCAUCUUCGUCCACCGUUAUUAGACGAAGAUUGUCUGUAUCAUCGAGUACCAGUAAACUACUGAAAUCAUCAACAAAUUCACAACUCGUUGAGACAGAACUAACAGUUAUUGCAAAACAACCGGAAGAGUUAAUAGUAGAAUCAAUGCAACAACAGUCGCAAGAACAAGGUAUAAAAGAAAAAAAAGAUGAUGACGAAAUUGGUACUGUUCAUAACACAAAACUAAUAAAAAAACUACCAUUACCGAACAAACGAACAAAAACAAGCGCUUUUGAUAAAAAUAGUGAAACACUAAAUGAUAUGGUAAUAUUCGAACAUGGUUUGAACGAUAAAUCUAAAAAUAGUCGAGAUAAUGUAGAUGACGAAGAAAACGUAAUGAUGAAAAAUGAUAACGGAAUAACGGAUUUAUUAGAGAAAAUCAAACAAGGAACAAAUCCAUUACUUUUGGGACAAACGGCACUAUCACAACAAGGUUGUCGAUUUGAACUACCUUAUGAUUUGAAACAAUUAGAAAAAUUAAAACCAACUGAAUACUUGAGUCGAUAUUGUCGUUUAUCAUCACGACGACAAUAUUUAUUCCGUCGAAUAUUUGAUAAAUUUUGUAACAAUAAUUAUCGAGUAGAAGUCAGCAAUCUUUACAAUGCGAUUAUGGAGAUACACGCGAAUAGUUUCAAUCAAGAUCACUGGAAUAAACUAUUGAAAUUAAUUGGUGUACGAGAAGAAACAGAAGUAACAUUUGAUGUAUUUGCGGGUAUUACUGCGUUAUGCGGACGUUUGUUAUACAACGAACAGAAAACAAGUACACAAGAUUCAGAUGAUUUUCAUAAAGAUAUCCUAGAAAGAUGUGAUUUUGAAAAUUUGCAUAGAAAACUCGAUGGAUUAAAUAUACCAUAUACGAUCAGACAAUUACUUCAUGCACUUUAA